CAGAGGCUGCCACCUCAGCAGACCCCGUUCGUUUUGCUGACACGUGUCGAAGAGAGAGGGGAUUUCGUUUUUUUCUUACGCGAGAGUUUGGUUACGGGAAGAGAUUUCGUUUUUGAUUUAUUGGGCUUCAAAUGAUUUAUUGGGCUUUAAUAAUAUCCUAAGCGCUUUUGUGGUUAGGGUUCUGUGUCUCUUCGAGAUUGCGAUUUUCGUCGUCCUCUUUCCAUCGUCUCCGAUCUCGGCUCCUCACUGUAACAUAUUGCUUCUCACUGAAAUCGAUCUUUGUUGCUAACACGACAUCAAAUUGCAUCAGGGAUGUCAAUGUUUGUGUCAGUAUGUUUGAUGAUCGUGCUGUAACUUUCCAAAUUAAGUUUGACGAGCACAGCUAUGAGCCAAAGGUUAUACUCUUUACAAGUAUCAAUCCCAAAGUUGUUGGAGGGAAGCUUUUCCUCAACGCUAUGUCUGGUACCCGCUUUUAUUUCGACUGUGAAACAUCGGCUGGAAAAGAGCAUUAUGAAAGGCUGGUUGGUGAUGGAGCCAAUGCGAGCUCUUCUAAAUCAAAAGUGGUCCCUGAUCAGAAAAUCGAGCCCUUGACUAUUGCUGAACUGAACCAAUAUAUCCUUGCCGCUAACCCACAGAAUAUUGAGUUUCUGUGCAAGGCCGAGGUAGCCAGUCUUCAGUCGGAAAAGGGAUGGUGCUAUAUUGGAUGCUCCAAAUGCGCAAAGAAGCUUCAGCGGGAUGAAACAUCUUUCACUUGUCUCUCAUGUGAUAGGGAAAAAGCUACGGGUGUAUUAAGGUAUCGUGUGGAGUUCUCGGUGGCGGACCAUACGGAUGAGGCUGUAUUUGUAGAAUUUGAUACAGAGAUUGCUAAACUAACCAGCAUCCAAGCAUCUGAGGUGCGUAUAUUCGGGGUGCGGGUGUGAGUGCUAAGUCGACAACGACUUCCCUCCGUUCUUGAAUGAAGUGGUUGGAAAAACUUUCACUUUUCAGCUCAAGUUGGGGGAGUUCAACUUCACCUCUAAACACCAGAGCUUCACUGUCUCCCGUAUAAUAAGUGAACACGAGAGAGCGGCAUUGCCAGUGUUUGUUAACGAUGUUAGUAUUUUUUUAUUUAAGUUAGAGUUUACAAAUUAUACAGCACUAUAUUGACACCAGUACAAUGGUUUCAGAGGGAUAAUCAUGGGCCAGAUGACAAUGGAGAUUGUGCCAAAUUAGCAGAUGGUGUGGCGCCAAAAAUUGAUGAGAGUACCGUCAACAACGAGGCAUCCGCAUCAAAUGUCCCAUACCACGUUCCUCAGGUUGCAAACAAACAGAAACUUGUCAACGAUGUGAACUUGAAGAAGAAGGCACGCAAUGAGUAGAUCAACCUGGAUUGCAUCAUUUCCCACCGCUUACCUAUCAAAAAAAUGCUUUAUCUUUUGUUCCUCUUUUUAAUUUAAACUCUUUAGUCUCUUUUUCUUAUUAUUAUAGAUUUGAACUCUCUGUCUGGUGGAUGUUUCAAUUCUGAAUGCAAUUUGAUCUUUUUCUUUCAAGAUUAUUUAGUCUUCCGUUUUGGUGCAUUGAAAUUAACCUAAGAUGCUCACAUUAUUUACUAUCCUUUAUGCUAAACAUUAUACUUCAAGUUACGAAAAAACAUUAUAAUUCUUAAAUUUAUAAAAUCAUGUAAUAAUUCAGAAUCUCAUUCAAUAAUUCAUCUAAUAAUUUAUCUAAUAAUUCACAUUUAUUCUGUUUAUUUUUUUGUUAUGCCAUUUACUCUUACAUGUUAUUUGUGAGACUGUUUUGUAUUAUGUAUCUCGUCCGGACUGUGCAAUUAUAUAGUUUUAUUUUUCAUAUUAAUGUUAAAUUUAUACUUUUACUGUGAAUCAUGUAAUACUUAAAUAUUUCGUUUCACGUAUAUAUAUAUAUUAAUUACUAUAUUUUCAUUUUCUAUGUUUAUUAGAAGAAACAAAGCAAAUAGUAAAUAAACUAUUUAGUUAAAACUACUUAAAGUACAAAAAAAGAAUUAUGAAAAAAUAAAUUCAAGUUCACACAAAAUAAUUUAUAUAGCAAUAAGAUAAAAACUAAAUAUACAAAUAUACAAACCGCACAUAGCAUCAUUUACCAAAAUAAUAUAACAACAGUUGAAUCCAA